AUGGAUGAGCCACGUUUUGACAUUUAUUGUGAUCCUGACAAUCCAUUAAAACUAGAAUAUAAUGACGUCAAGGAAGCUUUUGAAAGAAUAAGAAAUGGUGUAUUAAAGAGUGAUUUGAGAUUUAGUCAUAAAUUAUCAAAAUUAACAAAUGCUAAUAUAUACUUGAAGAUGGAAGUAAAUCAGGUAACUGGAAGUUUUAAAGAAAGAGGUGGAAGAAAUGCUUUAUUGAAGAUGACUGAAGAUGAAAGAAAAGCUGGAGUAUUUGCUGCUUCAGCAGGUAAUCAUGCAUUAGCUUUAUGUUUCCAUGGGCAACAAUUAGGUAUUCCUGUUACUGUUGUCAUGCCAAAAAUAGCACCAUUAAUGAAAAUUGAUAAUUGUGUUAGUUAUGGAGCUAAUGUAAUAGUUGAGGGUGAAAAUUUAAGUGAAUCUAGAAAUAUUGCAUUAAAAAUGGCUGAAGAAAAAGGUGGAAAAUAUAUUAAUGGUUAUGAUAAUAUUGAUAUUCUUGCUGGAGCUGGAAGCAUAGGUAUUGAAAUUAUGGAACAACUUCCAAAUACUGAUGCAAUUUUGAUUCCAGUUGGUGGUGGUGGUUUGUUAGCUGGAGUUGGUGUAGCUGUUAAAGCAAUAGCACCAAAUGUAAAAAUUAUUGGAGUUGAACCAGAAACAUGUGCAGGAUUUAAAAAUUCAUUAGAACAUGGAAAACCAACUUUAACACAAACAAAAGCAACAUUAGCUGAUGGACUUGCUGUUCCUGUCAUAGGAUGUAAUUCUUUUGAAUCAGCUAAAAAUGCUAUUGAAAAAAUUAUUACUGUAAAUGAAGAACAAAUUGCAAUUGCUAUUCUUCGUUUAAUUGAAGGUGAAAAAAUUGUAUCGGAAGGUGCUGGUGCAACUGGAUUGGCAGCAUUAUUUGAUCAACAAUUUAUUAAAGAAAUUGAAGGAAAAAAUGUAGUUGUUAUUAUAAGUGGUGGAAAUAUUGAUACAACAUCUCUUGGAAGAUGUGUAGAUCGAGCUUUAUCUCAUGAUUCAAGAUUAAUACGUUUUAAUGUUGUAAUUUCUGAUAGACCAGGGUGUAUGGCAGAGUUGUGCAAAGUAAUAGGUGAUGCCGGUGCUUGUAUAAAAGAAAUAUUUCAUGAACGUGCUUGGUUAAAAAAAGACAUUUUUUGUGUUCGUGUAAAAUUUAUCGUUGAAACUAGAAAUCAACAUCAUGUUGAUGAAUUAGAAAAAAAAUUAAAAGAACAUUAUGAAGAUGUAUUUUUUUAUAACAACAUUUAUUAA